AUGGGAUGUGCAUCUAUUAAGGCUAGGAACGCCAAAGAGCCUAAUAUCAACCUAAGUCGUUCGUCUGAACAAGAAAGGCACGAAAAGAGACAAAAAGCACUAGAAGCAACUGAAAAAAGACUCAAUGAGCAAAACCGAAAAGGAUUAUCAGAAGCAACACUCAAAAUGAUAGAAGAAAAGAAAAAAAAUGCCAUUGCUUAA